AUGAUGCUUUCCGCAAAAUCUUUGCUAAGAGAGAUUUUAGGAUUUUUUAUUUUCACAUCUAAUAACAUUGAAUUUGAGCUAAAUAAAUCCUCAAUUGCACUGCAUUUAAUGGCAUGCCCUCAAGUGAAUUUAUCGGAUUUUUCAAGAACUAUGAAAACAAAGUUUUGUCCAAACAAUCAUUCAGAAUUGAAUAAAACUCUUGAAACUCCUCGUUAA